CGAAGGAUAUAGAUAAAUUUGGAAGACAGAUAAUUAGAGAGAUCAACAGAGGUAUAUCUUUGAUCAAUCGUUAUUCCACCGUCAAACAUGGCCUCGGUGGCAGCUUGGCUGCCGUUUGCACGGGCAGCGGCGAUCGGUUGGGUGCCGAUCGCCACUCAUCCGUUACCACCACCGCCAAUACCUAAAGAUCGACGUAAAGCUGACGAUGAGAAGCUCCAGAUUAACGUCAGCGGUCGUCGCUUUGAAACUUGGAGGAACACGCUCGAGAAGUACCCCGAUACACUGCUGGGCUCGAAUGAACGUGAAUUUUUUUACGACGAGGACAGCAAGGAGUACUUCUUCGAUCGGGAUCCAGACAUAUUUCGUCACAUAUUGAAUUACUAUAGGACCGGUAAACUCCAUUAUCCAAAGCACGAGUGUCUGACGAGUUAUGACGAGGAGCUUGCAUUUUUCGGAAUUUUACCUGACGUUAUUGGUGAUUGUUGUUACGAGGAUUAUCGGGAUAGAAAGAGGGAGAAUGCUGAGAGGUUGAUGGACGAUAAAUUGAGUGAAAAUGGCGAUCAGAAUUUACAAAAAUUGACCGAUAUGAGGGAAAAAAUGUGGCGGGCAUUUCAAAAUCCUCAUAUAUCAACAGCAGCACUUGUAUUUUAUUAUGUAACUGGUUUCUUCAUUGCUGUCAGUGUAUUAGCUAAUGUUGUGGAGACUGUACCGUGUGGCACACGUCCGGGAAGGGCUGGGACAUUGUCGUGCGGAGAGAGAUAUAAAAUUGUAUUCUUCUGUCUUGAUACCGCGUGUGUCAUGAUAUUCACGGCUGAGUAUUUGUUGCGACUUUUUGCUGCACCAAGUAGGUGUAAAUUUGCCCGUUCAGUAAUGUCAAUAAUUGAUGUUGUUGCUAUAUUGCCGUAUUACAUUGGCCUUGGUAUAACUGACAACGACGAUGUGUCCGGGGCCUUUGUCACCCUCAGGGUCUUUCGUGUUUUCCGUAUAUUCAAGUUUUCGCGACACUCCCAGGGCUUGAGAAUUCUCGGCUAUACACUCAAGUCUUGUGCCUCGGAACUUGGAUUUCUCGUUUUUUCAUUGGCUAUGGCGAUUAUUAUAUUUGCCACUGUCAUGUUCUAUGCUGAGAAGAAUGUGGAGGGGACCAACUUUACGUCUAUUCCGGCCGCUUUUUGGUACACCAUCGUCACUAUGACUACGCUGGGAUACGGUGACAUGGUACCAGAAACCAUCGCUGGAAAAGUGGUGGGUGGAGUUUGCUCGUUGAGCGGAGUACUCGUGAUAGCCCUGCCUGUGCCUGUCAUUGUCAGUAACUUCAGUCGUAUUUAUCAUCAGAAUCAACGGGCAGACAAGAGAAAGGCGCAGAGGAAAGCGCGACUCGCGAGGAUUAGGAUCGCCAAAGCAUCGAGUGGUGCAGCCUUUGUCAGCAAAAAGAAAGCAGCAGAGGCGAGAAUCGCAGCGGCGGAGAGUGGAAUGCCAACAGACGAUUACAAAGAGGAAGACAUAUUCGAACUGCAGCAUCAUCAUCUCCUCCGGUGUCUGGAGAAAACUACGGACCGUGAGUUUGUGGAGAUGGAAGUGCCCUACAAUGGAGCACCAAAGCGUCCAGGCUCGCCAUCACCACUGACAUCACCAGCCCACAGUACAGCAUCACGCGGUGGCCUCCUACAGUCAUGCUGUGGUCGUUGUUAUCCUCAGCGUUAUCAGAGCCUUUCGUAUCAGCUAACAUCGAACGAGAGCAAGGAUAGAGUGGUGCUAGUAUACGGUGAUCGCAUACAAGUGCGAAAAAAGGACCUUAAGAAGCGCGGUUCCCACACCUGCGACAUGCAGGCCCUACAGCCACUUCCGGUCCCCACAACCAACACCACUACGCCUGCUAUGACAACUUCCGGUGGGCAGCCACCGCUACCGUUAUCGGAGAGCGCUUGAGUACGAUCGAGAAUGAUCUCUUCUACACCGCAAACGCGUUGAUCCACCCAGCCAACAACAACGAUUGUAUCGCCCUCUGGCUCGAUUGAACGAAUCAACGGCCGUCUGGCCGAUUUUACGGAACAUUAACGAUGGAUAAUCGUCGUCAUUACGUCACAGCUGGACCCCUCACCGCAGCCAGACUAUCAUUAGUGUGGAAACUGGGCUCUACGAAGUCCCAAGAGAUCAUCCCCAUCGAUACAACAUUCGAAAUUGAUAAAAACGAUUAGCCUAAUACGGUUUUAUCCAACCUACCAUAGAUAACGUCGUAAUUAUCUCGAAUAAUUAGAAGAAAACGUGGGAUAGGGUGAUGAAAAAUUCAUUUGUAUUCGCUUGAUUAAUAAUAAUAAUUAAAUUAAAAAUACCCUCGUUCUUUCAGACGACAAAAACAUCUGGCAUGCAAUCAUUGCCACAAUACUGCGGAUUCUAAUGAAUAAAUUUGAAAUAUUUGAUCAUAGUUUCAAGUGCGUUCUCAACGCCAAUCUCAAUGCGAUGUCGAUCACAAUUAAAUUGAAUAAAUAAAACAAAUUAAUCAAUUCUUAACGAAUAACAGAAACUUGCCGAUGAUCUAGGUGACGUGAUUUCUUUUGUAAAUAAUCUUGUAAUGAAGAAACUAGUGUCAUACUUAGCAACUAAUUGUUUAAUUAAUUACUCAGUUAAUUAAUUAAACCUGUAAUUUUCAUGUAAUUAUCCGUCGAGCCAGACGCACUCGUUACAAAUAAAACGAUUAAAGUAUUGUAAAAAGGAGGGAAAAAGUGAUUCAAGAAAUGAAGAAAAAGUAUUUAAUUAAAAUAUGAAAUUAGGAAUAUGAAUGAAUUCUAAAUAAUUCCAAUGAUUAAAGGGAGAAGCCAAAAAUUGUCCAGUGAGAUUAAACUCUGGAUGUGGGAUUUAGUGAGAAAGAAUUGAAGAGUGUCCGGGUGAAUAAUUAGUUUAAUUAAUUGAUUGGUGGAGUGGUAGAACGCAAUGAGUUGUAAAUAUCAUUUUUGUUAAUUGUGUAAUCACCUCGGUGAGUUAAUUUAGGGCAAAAUUGCACUCUUACGCAUUUUCGUUGUCAUAUCAAACUGAAAUUUGAAUUAAUGCGAAAGACUUUUUUCAUAUCCAAUAGAAUUGGAUUGAGAAACUACGAUAGAAAAUAUUAUUGUUAUGGAGAUGCUCCU